UUCUUACGUAGCGAGUUGCGUAAUUGUAUCAGUCUUAUUGUGCUAUUCGGUGACAGUGGCUCAGGGGUUUUGUUCAAGUCUGGGAUCUUCCGAAGAACGCGUUUUUCUGCUUCACAUACUCAUGCUUUUUCCGAGUGUCCAUUUUAACAUCCUUAUUGACAUUUGAUCUAGUAUUCCACCAGGCCGGCUACUAAGAGAACACCGUAAAUCAUCCCUUGACUCUCCAAUCGUGUCCGGUCGGCGAGAUACGUCCACCCCUUUCACCGCAGUGCCAAACGAGGAGUCUGAAUGAUGUCAUCGUAUUAUCAUUCAGGAAAGGAAACAGACAUGGCGACGAUGACUGAGCCACUCUGCCUAGAAAGAGAUGUGUGCAGGGUGAUCGAGUUACUGGACCGGCUCCAGAGAAGCGGCGAGCUGCCCCCUCCCAAACUCCAGGCCCUACAGAGAGUUCUGCAGAGCAAGUUUUGUGCUGCCAUCAGAGAGGUGUAUGAACAGCUCUAUGACACACUUGAUAUUGUGGGAGGACCAGAGGUUCGUGCCCAGGCGACUGCUAAGGCCACAGUGGCAGCGUUUGCGGCCAGCGAGGGACAUGCCCACCCACGGGUGGUGGAGCUGCCCAAGACUGAGGAGGGCCUGGGUUUUAACAUCAUGGGAGGCAAAGAGCAGAACUCUCCUAUCUACAUCUCCCGGGUCAUCCCCGGCGGUGUGGCAGACCGACAGGGGGGGCUGAAGAGGGGUGACCAACUGCUCUCUGUCAAUGGAGUGAGUGUGGAGGGGGAGCACCACGAGAAGGCUGUGGAUCUGCUCAAGGCUGCUCAGGGCUCAGUGAAGCUGGUGGUCAGGUACACACCCAAAGUGCUGGAGGAGAUGGAGGCCCGUUUUGAGAAGAUGAGGAGUGCCAGAAGACGCCAGCAGCACACCAGCUACUCAUCUCUGGAGUCCCGAGGCUAGGCUCUCCUAACCUAGGUCAAGCCAGUUGGAUACGCCCAUGUUAGUUCUGCUCCAACAGAAGUCCUGAAGAUAGAGAAGAUGGAAGAGACCAAAGUAGCCAACCUAGCUAGAUUUGUUAUUGAUACGUUUGUGAAAUGUAAGAAAAGGACAUAUAUGAUCCCUCUCCUCUACUUAGCAGGGGACUGCCUAGCCCUAGCUCCUAUUUUCCCCCUAAAUGUGAUUUCCUCUCCCAGUGUUGAACUUGCAUCCUGGUGUAUGGCAACCAUUGGUUUAGCAUUAGGAUAAAGGAGAGUCAAGCAUGUUGGAUGUAGUUUUACAUGCAUAGGUCUUAUUUACUUUUCUACUCUAUAACAAGGUGAUCAGGUAUGAACAGUACACGUAGCACUCGAAAGCAGAGUGCAAUGUUCCUGGUACUGUACCGCAACAGCUAAGGUUAUCCAAGACUGGCUUUUGUAUGUCCAUCGGAAAUAGUGUGAAUCCAUAUGAACUGUUUGAUUCCAUACAGUUACUAACAUUGCUAAUACUUAAGUUAGACAGCCUGAUAGUCACACUAGCUACAUUAUUCAUAUUUAUUAGGUUCUAAUUGUUAAACAGAGAACUUUUUUGAUAGAAAAGAUAAAAGAUCUGAAGUAAAAUGCCUUACUUGUAAGCUUUGGCAACAAAUAUUUAAGUUUCCCACUUGUAAUUCUGACUUGUAGUGUCAAGGUGACAUUUCUCGAAGUUGGAGCUUCCAAUAUUUCCGAUUGCACAUGAACAGCAUAGUUAGUUAACGUUGCGAGGCUUUCAUAUUGACUAUUUAUGUUUAUGUACUUAUUUAUUCUUGAAAUAAAACUGGUAAAGGUUUG